AUGAGACGCUGGGCCUCCAAGAGCGAAAGCACAGAAUACGAACACCAACCCAACCGAGCAACAGAGCAAUCUUGGGAUCUUCUACGCAACGAGCUACUCAGUCUGGACUGGAUCCCAUGGCGUGACGAGGGCGAAUGUUACCAGGUCCUCAACAUCCACGCACGACCAAGCCUUCUCGCUGGCGUAGGCGCAACGAAUCGUUACGAAGAAUACGACGGCGAGUCAGAAAUGUUGCAGGCCGAGCACACGAAAUUAAGUCGCCACAUCGAGGCGGCACGAAUGAGAAUCCCUGCAUUGAACGCUGCCCUGAGGGGUCGAGAGCAAUCGGGUUCUCUAAGCACACGCGAACUUAAGCAGCUGGCUACUGAGCACCAAAUCUCGCUCGAGCAUUCUCCAACCCGACAGGUGCUACCAGAAGGUUGGGGCAUAGGGAUGGUGCUGGAUGGUGUAGAGAAGAAUGCGCCAGACAACAAAGCACUACGACAAAAGAUUCUAUCCAUGCGACAUGCCAGCGCUCAACAACUACGCAACACAGCAAUGGAAUAUGGUUGUCCCAUUCCAGAAGUACCGGCGCCGCCUCCUGCACCACCAAUGGAAUCAAACGCAAAGGUGGAGGUUGCGAGAGCUGUGCAGAACAUGUUUACCCUCAAGCGUCAACUGUUCAAGGAUUGUGGAUGGGAGGACAAGUUCGAUGGCGAUGAGUUUGAGAGGAGGCGACAGCAACUGCUGGAUGAGUACCACUCUUUCUUCAUGCUGUUAGGACCUAGAGGCCAGAACAUCCAUGACUCUGCCGAAGGAGUAUGGUUGAGGAAUUGGUUCAGAGAGAAGGCUGGCGAAGCAGCUGUUUAG